UGCUGGUGAGUGGGGGCGUUAGGAGACAGUCAUUUUUUCCUCUAGUCCUGAGGGGUCUCCUUCUCUAGCCUAUAUAAGGCACUGGGAGCUGCUCAGGAGUUCCACAGCUCCUGUGUGCUCCAGGAACACCGCCAACAAGCAGCAGCUCGCUCCUCUCACAAGGGAAUAAUACCUACAGCUCUCCGGCGCGCAGAGGAAACUGCUCUGAAAUAUUCAACUGGAUACAAAGUGAGAAAGAUCGAGGUUGUGUCUGGGACUUCACACACAAUCUGCUGUCUGCUGCAGUCUGAAAGUCGAAACCCUGACAGCUGAAGUGUCAGAAUGACCUGUGCUGCCAUGACCUGGAUCCCUGUCCUCUCCCUCUCCCUCCUGCUGUUGUACGUCAGGUACUCAGCUUCCCUCUUCCUGCCCGACUCCAAUGAGUUCAGGCAGCUGCUGAGCCGCUACAAGGAGAAAGUGGACCAGAACAGCACCAACAACACAGCUAGCAACAGGAACCGACGAGCCAUCCGCUGGUCGGACCGCGAAGAGAUCCUUCAGCUGCACAACAAGCUGAGGGGCGCGGUCUACCCCACUGCCUCGAACAUGGAGUACAUGGUUUGGGAUGAUGAGUUGGAGCGGUCCGCCACUCACUGGGCAGAGCAGUGUCAGUGGGACCAUGGACCUCAGGACCUGCUCAUGUCUAUUGGACAAAACCUGGCUGUUCACUGGGGAAGAUACCGCUCUCCUGCCUUCCAUGUCCAGGCCUGGUACGAUGAGGUGAAAGACUACACCUAUCCCUACCCCCAGGAGUGCAAUCCCUGGUGUCCAGAUCACUGCUCCGGGCCCAUGUGCACCCAUUACACCCAGCUGGUCUGGGCAACCACUAGCCGAGUGGGCUGCGCUGUGCACGUGUGUCCAAGGAUGAACGUGUGGGGAGAAACAUGGGAGAACUCCGUUUACCUUGUGUGCAACUAUUCCCCAAAGGGCAACUGGAUCGGCGAGGCUCCAUACCAGCAUGGCCGCCCUUGCUCCCAGUGCCCUCCCAGCUUUGGAGGAGGAUGUAGGAAUAACCUGUGCUACAAAGACUCACAGCGCUCAGAGACAGAGGACAUGAACGAGGUGGAGAAACCUCAGGUUCCCCUGCCACCUCUUACCACAGCCAAACCUAAACCGUCUCCACCGAAGAAAUCAGCAUCUAAACCCUCCAUUCCUAAGCCCACCACACACAGGACACCAUCUUCAAAGACUCCCAGCAACACCUUUCUCGCUCAGAACAUUAAGUGUGAGACUAGACUCCGAGAUAAGUGUAGAGGCAGAACCUGCAACAGAUAUAAUUGUCCUGCUAAUUGUCUAAAUAAGAAAGGGAAAGUCUGGGGAACUAUCUUUUACGAUGUGCAAUCAAGUAUUUGCCGAGCUGCUAUCCACUUUGGUGUCAUCGACAACAAUGGAGGAUUGGUUGAAGUCACAAGGAAGGACAAGUUGCCAUUCUUUGUCAGAGCCACUAAGAAUGGCAUAGAGUCCUACAGUAAAUAUAAACCCAGUAAUGCCUUUGUGGUGGCCAAAGUGGAAGAAAUAACUGCUGACUGCUACACCACAGUGGCUGAAAUCUGCCCUUACAAAAAGCCUGACUCUCACUGUCCAAGAAUCUUCUGUCCGACAAACUGUAAGACUCAGCCUUCCUAUUGGUCACCUGUGUUUGGAAACAACAUCUACACAGAUAGCUCCAGUAUUUGUAAAGCAGCCAUCCAUGCAGGGGCAAUCAAAGCAGACGGUGGUUUUGUGGAUGUUCUGCCACUGGACAAGAGAAAGCACUAUGCUGGAAUCCUGAAAAAUGGCAUCCAGUCUGAGAGCAAGAGCAGCGCAGAGGGUGGCUCUUUUCGAAUCUUUGCUGUGAGGGAGUGAGACUUAGGAUCAGAAGUCCAGAGACCAACAGAGUCACCUCAGCUGCUCUUGAAGAGCAGGAAGUGCCCACAGGUUGGAUACCAUGGCUGUUCAUCUGUCUCUGUCUCUGUGCCUUCAGUGGAAAAAGAACGUCCCAGCAGAUUUACACGUUUCCCCUCUUUAUUAAUAAACAAUAGCCACCCAGUAAAAGUUGUCCAAUAUUUUGAAAGACUGUUAUUGUUUUCUUAACUUUUAAAUCCAAAUACAGAUAUUUUUUUCAUAUUUACCUAAUCUGUGAAUACAGAAUGUUUUUUUAUGUAUUAUGAUGAAUUGAACAGCUGGUGCUGGAAGUUUUGAGUUUGACUAGCUUUACAGAAAGUAUUAUGUUUACAUUGAUGUUCUUAUUACAAAUUCAAAUUGGUUUUCAUACACAGGAGUGUAUACUGAUCACACUGUAUUUAAUCACCGUGUACAGAAUAUAUGAUAUUUUGUUUGUUUUAAAAAUGGAGUAACAUAUAUUAACAUUUUUAUGUCUGUUCUGAUUUAACAUUUUAUUGUAUUGCCUUUUCUGCUCAUGUGAAUAAUCUUUGCUUUUUGCUCUUAAGUAUUUAGCCUGUGAUACCAAAUCUAAGUCUAAAUUGUAUUUAUAACUUAAGUGGUGUGCGCUCAUUGUGAAUGAGGAUGUUUUGUUGGCUGGGUAGACCAGAACUCAUCAGGCAGUUACAAAAGGAGAGGAAACAGUGUGGUAAAUGGAAGUGUAUGCAGGCAGCAGGCACUGCUGUAGAGAGAUUAUGUUUCCCUUAUGAAGCAUGGUCUCACUUUAGUGCCAGACAUGUGGAGGUGAUUUAGUGAAGGUGUUGCGUUGCUAAGUUCACUAUGUAGAGUAUAGAUAGCUGGUGUAGAUGGCUCCUCACAAUGGUGGCAAUAUUGUAGAUGUAUUAAAUAACAAUCACAGACAGUAGACAUGUUAAAGAUAACAAGCAGUCAUUUUUCAUUUUAUAUUUAUUAUUGCUUAGUGCUUUCCUCAUCUCUCUUGUUUCUGUAAGAUAUAUGAAAAUGCUAAAUUUGUCCCCUCCCCACCAAGGCCUAAUGAAUGUGUCACAUUUCAGGUACAGAGAGAGUCUUAUGUGUAGAAACUAGACCAUAUGUUGAGGUGUGUGUGAAUGUGUUUAAGAUUCUCAUCAUCAAACUGCAGUUUAUGCACUUUGGAACAAUUUACACUAUGCAGUGCAGGCAGGAUACAGACACCUGUGAUAUAUACAUUAUAUCACUAUACUGAAUUAAGGCACUGUUGCCUUAAUUAAAGCAAUGUCCCAUUUUA